GAAUUUGCUGUCCAAACAGGAUGCCCGGGAAGCUGUGCCUCCUCCCACCCCCACCCCGAGGGCCGGACCUCCGCGCCUUAUAAACCCCGGGCUCAGGAAAGAGCCCACAGCUUUUUGAUCCGGAACCUCAGUUGAGGCUUGACUGCGUGGGUCUCUGGCGCUUUCACUCCAAGAAAGCAAUAUGCACUUUAGAAACUUCAACUACAGCUUUAGCUCCCUGAUUGCCUGUGUGGCAAACAGUGAUAUCUUCAGCGAAAGUGAAACCAGGGCCAAAUUUGAGGCCCUCUUUCGGACAUAUGACAAGGACAUCACGUUUCAGUAUUUUAAGAGCUUCAAGCGAGUCAGAAUAAACUUCAGCAACCCCUUAUCUGCAGCGGAUGCCAGACUCCAGCUGCAUAAGACUGAAUUUCUGGGAAAGGAAAUGAAAUUAUAUUUUGCUCAGACUCUGCACAUAGGAAGCUCACACCUGGCUCCCCCCAAUCCUGACAAGCAGUUUCUGAUCUCUCCUCCCGCCUCUCCGCCGGUUGGUUGGAAGCAAGUGGAAGACGCCACCCCCGUCAUAAAUUAUGAUCUUUUAUAUGCUAUCUCCAAGCUCGGGCCAGGGGAAAAGUACGAAUUGCACGCCGCGACCGACACCACCCCCAGCGUGGUGGUCCACGUGUGCGAGAGCGAUCAGGAGAACGAGGAGGAAGAUGAGAUGGAAAGAAUCAAGAGACCCAAACCAAAAAUUAUCCAGACCCGAAGGCCAGAGUACGCGCCCAUCCACUUAAGCUGAAGCGGCACCCGGGCGACGGCACGUUGCAAAUCGUACUCAUUCACGGGGAGGAAUCUUUUACUGUGGAAAUAGCUCGUCACAACUUUGGAGGUGGCAGCCACGGCGAUCGCGGUGGCAGAAAUUCCAGGUCAUGUUGCCCAGAAGAGAAUGGGGCUCUGCCUCCUGGUUCUGACGCUGUGACCCAUGUCCGUGGCCCCUGGCCGAGGCCUGGGCCAGCCACUGAGUCUGGGGCGGUCACACACAUGGGCAUUGGGGAUUGUGUCCAGAAGACUGAUCACGAUAGUGUUUUGUACUUGUUCUUUUCUGGUAGGUUCUGUGUUUGCUAAGGGCAGGUUGAUCCGUGGGCCUGGGGAGAGAACUCUCUGUUUCUGAGCAGCCUUGCGGGGCGAGUCUCCUCUGGCUGGAGAAGGCACCACGCAAAACCGCAAAGUGUCUGGUGCAGAAAAGUUGCGAGAACAACAACAAUGCAAUGUGGAAACUGUAGUGUGUCAUUUCUUUGCCCCUCACAUCCCAAUGUUUGUGCAUGUAUAUUCCCAAUUUCCAGAACUAACCUUGGUCCGUAGAUAGCGUCGCGCCAUUGCUGUUUGACACCCUUGGUGGAGGUCGGGAAGCAUUUGCAGAGUCGGUUACCUUUCUAGAUUCUCAGCUCUCUUUGCAGCAGCUCCCACAAGUGAUAUUCUACCCAGGAUACGUUCCCCCCCACCCCCCAUCCUAUUUGGCACAAUGUAUGACUUGUGCUUUUGCAAAAGUUGAUCUGAAAUUCCCACAUAGAGUUUCACUUCUAAAAUCCAGAGAACAGCCGUUUCACUGCCAGCUUUUCGUGGGUGAGAAACUUCAGGUGUUUGGGGUCAGACAUAAGUUUUACAUUAUUUCUUCUACAUGGUGUUUUAUAUACGUGAAUCACAGCCAAACGCCUUCCGGGGGGGAACUGUUGGUUAAGAGAGUUGAUUUUUCUUUCUAACCCCACGAAAACAUCAAAAUAAACUUGUAAAUAAAGCUGAUCGCAUUUACUCAUACCUGUUGUACACUUGGGUGGAAAAUAUGGCAGUGGAAAAAUAGUGUAAGAUGUAUUAACCUACCUGUGAAUUGUAUGUUGUUUAAAAAACAAACACCGUUCAAAUGUUUGACGGGGCUUGAAUUCCACGCAUGUGAAGUGGAAAUACUGUGUGCUGGUGUACGAGGGAUGCAGUGCCUUUCCCCAUUCGUUUCCGAAGCAGCUGUUACACUAGGUCGACGUCUGUAAUUUCCUUCCCCAGUUGUAAUGUGUGUGUCUGGUAAAUAGUGUAACAUUUUGGCCUUACGAUACCAUAACAGAGUUUGUCGUUCUGAAAUGCCUAAUGCCGAGUAAACAAUGCAUGCUUUGGAAAUCCGGAAGAUGGUUUUCUUUGAGAAGCAAGUGUGUUGGGUUGUUCAUAUCAAGGAAUCGACUGAAUGUUCUCAAAACCCUGUUUACAGUACCUGGUUGGGGGCGGGGAGGGGGCGGGAGAGCAUCGUGUAGCUGUUCAAGUGUUCUAGUCAAGUGCUUUUAAACCGGAGAGGCUAACCUCAAGAUAUUUUUUUUAACUGCGUUCUAUAAUAAAUCGACACAAUAUGCUCUUU